AUGAUUAGCAGCAUAUUCUCCCGACUGACCAUACUUACAUUUGGCACAUUGUAUCCUGCGUAUUACUCUUUCAAAACGGUUCGUGCCAAAUCUGUUGAUGAAUAUAUGAAAUGGAUGACAUAUUGGAUAGUGUUUGCCAUUUUCACAGCGGCUGAAACGUUUACUGAUGUGUUCCUGAAAUGGUUGCCUUUCUAUUAUGAAUUAAAAAUAUUGCUAAUUUUUUGGCUACUACCAUCCAUGGGCAAUGGAAGCCCAAUAGUUUAUCGCAAGUGUUUGCAUCCAUUUUUGAAGAAACAUGAGACACGUAUUGAUAGAACUUUGCAGGAAGUCAAGCACCGAGGUCAAGAUAUGGUAUUCCAUUAUGCCAGUGAAGCAGUUAUGUUCCUAGGUCGUGCUGUUAUGAAUGUCGUACAGAAAAAUAUGCCUCAUGGUGUAUUGUCAUUGUAA